CAAGUUUGUUUGGAGACAGACACAUCAGAUUCCCAAGAGGAAAAGGCUAUGCUUGACAAAUUAUUAACCGACCUGCCAAAUGAGACAAUUGAGACUGACAAGCCUGACUGCUCUGACACCAGUGUUUGCCCUGAAAUGCCUUGUCAGGAUCAAAAGGAAGCUUUGAUAUUAGAACCAGGGCAUGAAGAGCUCAACAGGAAUGAGUCAAUCACUUCAUCUGUGUCCGACACACUCUCUAGUGCUGACAGUGUUUACGAGAACGAGGCCCAUCGUAAGAGGCAGGACACGCCAGAACAAGACCCUGAGCAAGAACAAAUCCCUGAGCCAGAGAAGUAUCCUGUGCCAGAGCAAGACCCUGAGCCCGAGCAGUAUCCUGAGCGACAGCAAGAGCCUGAACAAGAGAAAUACCCUGAAGCAGAACAAGACUCUGAACUAGAGCAAUACCCUGAGCCUGAAGAAGACCUUGAACUGGGGGACUACCCUGAGCCAGAACAAGACCCUGAACUAGACCAUUACCCUGAGCCAGAGCAAUACCCUGAGCUAGAAUUAUACCCUGAACCAGAGCCUGAGGAUGAGAAAAAUAAGGUUAAUCCCGAAAAUGAUAGCUAUCAACAUCUGGCAAUAGACACAGAGGAAGACCCAGAAGGCCAUGACAUCCUAUUUGAACCACCCAUUACAGAAGAGUCAGUAUUAGAGCAGUGCAUUAGACAAGAGGCAAUGUCAGAUGUAUCCAAUGAGUCUUGCCAUGACCUUGACCCUGACGAAAUGGACGAAUGUCUGAGAGUUGAGAUUGCAGCGGCUUCCUCAGAUAGUGACACAGAUGAAAAAUGGAGAACAAUAUUCUCCUCUUCUAUAAAUAAAGAAGACGAUGACUCAUAUUUGGACAGUCUUCAGCUGAGUGCCCAGGGACUUUUUGUGCAGAAAGUUGAGGUAACAGACUUUGAAGAACAAGACAAUCACAACUUUGAAGAGGUCCGUUUUGAGGUUCCACAAGUGGAGGAAGUUCUGGAACAACCGGAUGAUAAAGUUUCCUUUCCGACUCCUCCUCAAGAGGUUAAAUAUAACCCUUUAGGCCUUCAAGGAUUGUCCAAAAUCUCUGAGGAUGAGAGUGAAAAUGGCAGAGAUGCCAACUAUAACCACCAACAGCACAUCAAUUCAGAUUCAAACAAGAAACUACCUAAAGACUUCUGUGUGAUACAGGAGACCAAGAGCGAGAAUGUCAGCACAGAGCAUGUGGACUUCCAGCUGGCUCGUAAACAGUGGAAGGAAAUGGAGGAGCAAACCAUGAACAAGAUCGUCUUACCCACAACCAAGCAACCCAGUUUUCAUGGCAGCCACAGUUUUAUGUACACACCAGUUCGCAACAUUGAAAGAACCCAGAAGAAAGCACAUGAUCUGGAGAGCUUGAAUCUGGUUGGGGAUUAUCCUCACACCCAAUUCAGCCCUUGCUCAGAGGAUUCUGGCAUGGAUGAUUCCAGUUACAGGUCUCCUUACGAUGAUCCAGAAACACCAGUUGAAAGGGAGAUUCGCAUAUCAAUAGAAAGGGAGGAAAACUUCAGAAGAGAAAGGGGCAUCUCUAGGAUGGGGAAAUCAACUGACUGCGCUCCAUCACGAAAUAUUCCCAGGUCCAUAAGCACUCCUCUCACACCAUCAUUUAUCAUCACCUCCUCACCCACAAAGGAACCACUGAAAAAUGAAGUGUCAGCAAACAACGUUAUCAUUCUUGACCCUAGCAAUGAUUUUUCCUCCAGCCCCAGACAUGGCAAAGACAACGUGGCAGCUCGGUCCGGUGAGUGGCGUUCUGAGGACAAUGGCUCCAACGUCAUUAUCCUAGAGACAUCCAAUCUGAUUAUUCGCAGUGCCUCAGACUUCUCCCUCAACAAAGCCUGUGAGCAGCCCCAAGAAAAAAUGUUCCUGAACAACCCCUUUUUCAAGCUGCGUUCAAGAAGCUCAAUAUCGCUGGUGGAUGAAGAGAUUAAGAUGGUAAAGCAGAGGGAGGAAGAGCUGAGGAAAGAGAGGGCAAAUCUGUACGGCAAAGACAGGUUCAAUACAGAAAGGAUGCUGUCAAAUCACAUGGACACUUUGGCAUUUGACAAUUCAGUUGAUGUACCAGUGAAGUGCAAGUCCUCACCAUCAUCCCCAAUGAAAACAGCCUAUAGGAUGGAUCGCUCUGCUUUAUCCUGCGAUCACAGAUUUCCAGAGGACUACACGGGAGGAAGACGCAAGAGUGCCAUGGCUCUGCGCUGGGAGGCGGGGGAGUUUACAAAAAAUGACUGAAGAGGAACAAGUCAAC